GUAAGCUCAGCUUGUCAUGUGAUUAUUUUUUUUAAACUUGUAGCUCUGUGUUAGCAUGUAGCAAUUAUAAGCUUGUUGUAAAGCCUUUUUAAGACGUCAUUCAGAGACGGGCAGCGAGAUAUCACCGCCAUGGCAGACGAUUUAAAGAGAUUCCUGUACAAACAGCUGCAAAGUGUUGAAGGUCUUCAUGCUGUUGUGGUGACCGACCGAGACGGUGUUCCAGUUGUUAAAG